AAACUCGAGGGCUCGCGGUGCCGGGGGCAGCUCCUCAUCUUCGGUGCCACCAACUGGGACUUGAUCGGCCGCAAAGAAGUGCCUAAGCAGCAAGUUGCCUAUCGGAAUCUGGGCCAGACGCACCGCUACGGGUGCCUGGCCGGCGUUCAGGUCCGCAGCGUGGUUUCGGGACCCUGCGCCGCUCACAGCCUCCUCAUCACCGCCGAGGGAAAGCUCUGGAGCUGGGGUCGCAAUGAAAAAGGCCAGUUGGGACACGGGGACACGAAGCGGGUGGAAGCCCCGAAGCUCAUCGAGGUGUUGGGGGGCGAAGCCAUCGUGCUGGCAGCCUGCGGCCGCAACCACACCCUGGCACUUACAGAGAGCGGGUCGGUGUUCGCCUUCGGGGAGAAUAAAAUGGGGCAGUUGGGGUUGGGGAACCAGACGGACGCCGUGCCCAGUCCUACGCAGAUCAUGUACAACGGGCAGCCCAUCACCAAACUGGCCUGCGGAGCCGAGUUCAGCAUGAUCAUGGAUUGCAAAGGAAACCUCUACUCCUUCGGGUGCCCCGAGUAUGGGCAGUUGGGGCAUAAUUCGGACGGGAAAUUCAUCGCCCGGGCGCAGCGGAUCGAGUACGACUGCGAGCUGGUGCCGCGCCGUGUGGCCAUCUUCAUCGAGAAGACCAAGGAUGGGCAGAUCCUGCCCGUCCCCAACGUGGUGGUGCGGGACGUGGCGUGCGGGGCCAACCACACGCUGGUGCUGGACUCGCAGAAGCGCGUUUUCUCCUGGGGUUUCGGGGGCUACGGGCGGCUGGGCCACGCCGAGCAGAAGGACGAGAUGGUGCCCCGGUUGGUGAAGCUCUUCGACUUCCCGGGGCGCGGGGCGGCGCAGAUCUACGCCGGCUACACCUGCUCCUUCGCCGUCAGCGAGACAGGCGGUUUGUUUUUUUGGGGUGCCACCAACACCUCCCGGGAGUCCACCAUGUACCCCAAAGCGGUGCAGGACCUCUGCGGCUGGAAAAUCCGCAGCCUGGCCUGUGGGUAA